CAUCACUUUGCUGCAUGAACACACUGAGGUGUUAAAGCUGCAAAAACCAGACAAUGCCAUGAAGAAGUCACUGUACACAUCAACUCACAAAAGUCCUAAGAAUGGAUCAGCAUCUAAACAUGUGCAAUAACAGCAGUUGGCACAUGGACAAAUCAAAUCUUGAGAAUUCAUUAUUCACAGUCUAUUAUAUCUUGGUUUGUAUUGUAGCCAUUCCUGGAAAUAUACUGGCAUUGUGGGUUUUCUUCUACAACUACAAAUGUGACACAAAUAUUGUUUUCCUAAGGAAUCUGGCCUUGGCUGAUAUCUCUUACAUCUUGAUUCUUCCAAUGCGGAUCAUCUACCAUAUGAGUGAUAACAACUGGUUACUAGGAGAACCUGCCUGCCGUCUCCUUGGGUUCUUCUUCUAUCUAAAUAUGUAUGGAAGUCUAUACUUUAUGAUGUGCAUCAGUCUUGAUCGAUUUCUUGCCAUUGUCUUUCCUGUGAAAUCCAUAAAAUUAAGGAAGCCAGUGUAUGCCAAAAUUGUGAGUGUGAUCCUCUGGGUUAUGUUAAUUACAUCCAUGUUCCCAAUGCUUCUGUCUAAUCAAACUUUGCAAAGGAAUGCCACCACAGAAUGCCUGCAGCUUUACCGGGAGAAAACAUCAAGGAUAGCACUUGUAUCUCUUAGCAUUGGCUUUAUCAUACCCUUUAUUGCUGUACUGUGUUCCUAUAUAGCAAUCGCGCAUGCUUUAUGGAGGGGAGGAAACAUCAAAGAAACCAUUAAAAACAAAGCCAUUAAGUUGACUGUUAUGAUCUUAGUCAUAUUCGUUAUCUGCUUUGUUCCCUAUCAUGUAAGCCGAUUUGCCUAUAUCCUUGCAUUUAAUCAAAAGAACAGGCCAUGCACAAGUGCACACUUUCACAGCAAUCGCAUUACUUCUGCUCUAACGAGCCUCAAUGGAGCUCUAGAUCCCAUUAUGUAUUUCUUUGUAACACAGAAGUUCAGGAAUUCAUUUCUGAAACUGGUUUGCAGAAAGGAAGGAAAUAAUAUAGGACAGCUAAGCACCUGAUAAUCCAAAAUGUAUGUAAUAGUCAUUAACUAAUAAUAUCGGCCUCCUAGUGCAAGUUUCUCACAAUACACAGUGAUCACGUGUCUCAUUGUUUGACAAUAAAAUUUAUAAUUUGUAAAUUUAA